AUGAAUUUGAAACCGGUAAAGCCGUCAUUGAGCUCCGAGGUGAUCUGUGGCGAAGACCCCAUUUACCAUCAUGACAUUUGUGGUAUGCUGGAUGACCUGCGAGAAAACUGCAAGAUGAUUGCACCAGAAGAUGAUUGCCCCCGAUGA